CUCCAGUUUCCCUUCAAAUCUAGGGUUAGACUCCGGCCGGCCUCGCCACCAGCACGAGCUCACCGCCGCCUCGCCGGCCUUCGUCGCGCUCGUCGGACGCGCCCGCCGGGCAAGGAGAGGGAGGGGGAUCGAAGAUGCCGCAGAGGCACUCGAAGAACAACAACGACCUCGCCUUCUUCACGUACGAGGAGAAGCGGAAGCUCGGGUACGGCACCCAGCGGGAGCGGCUCGGCAAGGACUCCAUCAAGCCCUUCGACGCCUGCUGCCUCUGCCUCAAGUCCCUCAUCGACCCGCUCUGCUGCCCUAAGGGCCACGUCUUCUGCAAGGAGUGCAUCCUCGAGUGCCUCCUCGCGCAGAAGAAAGACAUCAAGCGCAAAAUUGCUGCUCAUGAGGCCCAGAAAAAGCUGGAGAAGGAAGAGGAGGAGGAGAAGCUUAUGCUGCAAAAGUCCAAAGAGUUGGACGCGUUUGAUCAGCAGAAUCAUGGAGCCGUCCCCCAAUACCACGAUCGCAAUGACUCUCAAGACAAGAAUGGUUUUCAUGGAGCAAACAGCGUGAAAGUUACCUCCUUCGAGGAGGAAGCCCUCCGCAACAUGAAGGCAUUCUGGCUUCCAUCAGCUACUCCUGAAGCUACUGCCAAAGUAGAAGCUCCCUCCACUGACACAAUCUGCCCUGAGGGGCAGGAGAAGCUCAAGUUGAAAUCGCUCUUCCCUAUCUCUUUUACUGAAGAAACCACAGACCAUAAAAACAAGAAGUCAGUUGAGAAGAGCUACAUGUGCCCAAGUUGUAAGUCCACCCUAACAAACACCAUGUCCCUGGUGACGAUCAGCACGUGUGGCCAUGUCUUCUGCAAGAAGUGCUCUGACAAGUUCCUUAUAACUGAUAAGGUCUGCUUAGUGUGCAACAAACCGUGCAAGGAGAGGAAUUUUGUUUCUUUGGAAAAAGGAGGAACUGGGUUCGCUGCCCAUGAUGAGCGUUUAGAGGCGAGAGAUUUCAAGCAUUUGGGAAGUGGUUCUGGACUAGGCUUAGUGAAGCCUGCCCCGAAAAAUUACUAGCCUCAAAAUAUCUUAGCUGUUGUUGUAUAUUGCUCAUGUUAAGCUGGAAAUUUUGUUUCAAGAUUUCCCUUUCUCUGUGAACAGUUUGGUCUGAAGCCAUUCAGUCUUGUUAUACUAGUGGCUAUAUGGUUGCUUAUUGCUCAUUUG